CUCAGUUGGACUCCGCCGGUGUGUUGCUUCUCAGCAUGGAGGACAUCUACGUCAGGCAUUUGGAGCUGCUGGGCUACGAGAAGCGCUUCUUCCCGAGUCAGCACUACGUGUACAUGCUGAUGGUGAAAUGGAGCGACCUCUCAGAGAAGCUCAUCUACAGGACGUAUCCUGAAAUCCACACUUUCCACAAAUCUUUGAAGGACAUGUUUCCCAUCGAGUCCGGUCAAAUAGAAAAGAGAGACCGAAUCAUCCCCUCAUUGCCAGCUCCUCGGUGGUUAUGGGAAAGUGAGAAGUCCAGAGAAACCACGAAGAGCACCCUGGCUGAGUACUGCCAAAAGGUCAUCAGCCUGCCGCCUCACAUCUCCCGCUGCAAACACCUCUCCAACUUCUUCAAGGUCCGACCAGAGGAUGAAAACCCACCUGCCCCAAACACACUGAAAAGAGCCGAGACCUUUUUGGUGUCCAGAGACCAGGCUAGAGGCGUUGCAUCUGAGAUUUCCGCCCCCAUCAUCUUGGACACCUACAGAGUGAUUGCGGACUUUGAAAAGUCGACCAAGUAUGAGAUCACUCUGCACACCGGUGACCUGGUGGAAAUCGUGGAGAAAAAUGAGAACGGUUGGUGGUUCUGCCAGUGUGAGUCAAAGCGAGGCUGGAUUCCCGCGUCAUACCUAGAGCCUCUGGAUGGACCGGAUGAGGCCGAGGACGCUGAACCCAACUACGAAGGAGACGAGCACAUCACCAUCCAGGCCUACAAGGCAGAGCAGGACGACGAGAUUUCUUUGGAGGUCGGUGAAACUGUCGAGGUCAUUCACAAGCUCCUGGACGGGUGGUGGGUCGUAAGGAAAGGAGACGAGACUGGAUAUUUCCCCUCUAUGUUCCUGUCGAAGGCUGGAAAGAGAGAGAGAUUGAACCCGGGUGGGCAGAGGCCACCACCUCGCAGAUCGACAAUCAGAAACGCCAAGAGCAUUCAUAACAAGUCUCGCCAGCGGCUCAGCCAGGAUACCUACCGCCGGAACAGCCGCCGGUACUUCCAGCAGAAAGGCAGCCGGCUCAGCGAACCACAGAGGAACUCCAAGAAUGCAGCAAAGUCCCCGCUGAAGGAGAGGAAGAACCAGGAUAACAUUCCCGAGAUGUCCGGCUCCAGCUCGGAGAGCGAGCUGAAGAAGGAGGCGCCGGUCAUCCCUCCCCGACCCAGCCCAGAGCUCAUCUUGGAGCGCUGCACUGACAACACCCGCAAGAAAGUCAGCAUCCACAAGUCACAGUCCAGCUCCUCAAGCUAGCACAAAAAAGAUGCAACGAAGCAAUCCUUAGAGAGCUGUUUUGUUAACAAGAGUCCUAUUAAUGGGAGAAAAGCGGUCAGUUUUAGAAGACGUUCAUGUUUUGAGUUUUUAGAUAUAUUACAAGGUGUGGAUAAAAGGGCUGGAAAUGUAACUGCCAUCAAACGCAUGGAAAGACCAAAAAGCAGCCAUGUGUCAGCAAGUUAUUCAGUGGUUUGUGAACACCUCACUAAUUCAGCCUUUCAAACAUUUCCUCACUUUUUAGGACAAAACGUGUUUUUUGGGAAUUAUUUUCCGUGGCGUAAUAAUCCAUAUUUUCUAGCAGAUGGACGGUCAGAAUAAAUGACAGAGUGUAAAGUUACGUGGUUUGACUUUAGGCAGCAGUACAUUUUGUUUCAGAGCUUUAUCUUUUAAAGACUCCAUGUUUUAUAUCUUUGGACUACUAGAGCAGCUUUGUAUGAUUCAAGUCCAAAAUAAUGCCUAUUUGUUUUAUACUGGGCUUGAGCGCAGCUCCUAAGUUACUCCUCUGUCUGACAUAAGCUUUUUUAGCUCCUUCUCUUUUAAGCCAGCUUUCUUCUGAUUGGCUGCCCCUCACAAACAGGUCUGAAUAGCAGGUUGUCUGUUGUAGACGUUAAUCUCAAAGAUAACACCAUUAAUUUUUAUUAUGAUUAUAAGCAGUAAUGGAACUCUGACCCACCUGCACCAUUAACAUGUAGAUUUGGAACUUUGGUGAUAAAAGAAUAAUCGUGUCUUUGGCACAUUUUUAUUAGUUAUCUGGGGUAAAAAUGCUUUGUUUUGUUGUCAUUUGUAAACUUAUUUUUAAUUUAUGCCAAAUAUCAGCACGAAAAAUGGUUUCGGAAUGAGUAAAUACCUGCAUUUGUGGAGCAUCACCUCACCUUUUUAUUUGCUUGUUGUCCUAUUUAAAGUGUACGUGUUACGCGACUUUGACUGUCAUACCUCUAUUUUUUUGUAAAUUGCUUAAUUAAAGUAUAAAAAACAGUU